AAAUAGGUCAUUACUUGAUUGUAGGUGUUCACUAAAUUGCCCCUUCCGCAGGUCACAUGACUCCUAACACAAAGGGGACCAGUCUUCAUUAGACUUAUCUAAGAAUGUUCAGACAGCAGAAUUAUUUCAAAACAAAAUCGCACUGUUGAUAGUGUAAAGAUAAGACGUGUGGGGUAAAUACCUGUGUAUUUAGACAAAUGAAACCCCCUGCCCUCAUCUAUUGGCUGCUGGUGGGAGGGGUGGAGGUAGUGGCUCAUAAAUGGCGUUGUCCCUGGGCUGAUGCAGGUGAUCUAAGACAGACAUUAAGCUGAUGAAUGAUGUGGAUGCUGUUCUUUCUGGGUGCUGUGCUGUGGGCACUGGGCUCCGAGGAGACGUCCUCCGGUACAGCUCAGCAGCUUCGGGACCUUCACUGCCCUCCCUGUGAGCAGAUACACUGCUCCACCCGGCGGACGCUGAAGCUCCAGUGUAAAGGUGGCGUCACGACAGGUGUCUGCGGCUGCUGCCCCGUCUGCGCCAGAACCGAGGGGGAGACCUGUGGAGGAACAUGGGACUACCUGGGAAAGUGCGAUGAGGGGCUGGUGUGUGUUUACCAGGACGCAGGAGAUAACAAACCAGACGCAGAGCGCACAGGGAUCUGCAGAACAGUGAUUGAACCACUGGAUGCAGAAGACUGCCGCCCACAGUGCACCUGGGAAUACUGUCGAGCCAACCCUACUGAAAUCUGCUCUGCCCGAUAUGCGUCUCUGGAGAAGGCCGCCUGCCAGGGCUCCUGCCAGCACACCUCCUGUUCAAGCUGUCUGCUGCUAAAGGUGCCUUCAUGCCCUCAGACCUGCACCCCCUCGGAUUCCACCUGUCUGCAACGCUUUGGGAAGUGUGUGCACAGACACCUGACAGCCACUCAUAGUCCAGUGUGCCAGGGUUUGCAGGACACCCCUGAGGGGCAUUUUGUGUGUUUGGAGCCAGCCUGUCAAAACACACCCAGCUGAUUCUUGUAAGGAAAGAAAUGAGGAGGAACUCUUCAUUAGCUCAUAUAGCAAAAAAAAAAAAAAGAAAUGGCAGCUAUCU